UGUCCCUCUGCACCGGCCACUUCAAGCACAAGAUGUGGUCAUGGGGCUUUACUGUAGAUGAAUGGAAACGAACGGCUCCACUGCUUUCAGCCUUGUUAUGGCGACGCCUGGGCCAAGAGGCGUUCAGGCAAAUGGAUUCAAGUUGGGCUGUGUCUGCUUGUACUCAGCUGAUGAGCCAAGGUAACGUCUCAUUCGCACGCUUAUUCACAUCUCCGUAUGCAAUGCUGUCCAGAGAUAUCCGCCAGAUAUCAGCCAGACACUAAGCCCCUAAAUGGCAGUCUUCAAACCGUGAUAACAACGAC